AUGUCAACAUCAACAAUGGAUAAUAGUGUUGGUAAUAAUAUUGUUUCAAAUUCUGAAGAAAGACCUAUUCGUAAUAGUUCAUUAGAAACCGGAUUAUCAUUAACAAAUAAUCGAAUAUCAUUAUCAUCAAAUGAUAAUAAUGAACGAACAUGGAUAAAUUCAUUUAUUGAUUUUGAUAGAAUAUUAUCUGGUAGUUUACUUCAUAUAUGUUAUCGUUUAAUUGAUAUAAUUAUACUUUUAUAUGGUUUAUCAUCAACAAAAACUAAAUGUUAUAAAUCAAAUCGUUUAGUUAUUACAUCAAUAUGUUUAUUAAUAUUUUAUUUAAUUGAUUUAACAAUAAUUAUUUAUUUUAUUUUUCGUAAUCAUACAUCAAAUUAUAGACGAUUAAAUGAAGAAGAAAAAAUAGAAAGACUUCGACGUAUAUCAGCUUUACGUGGUUUUUUUAUUUUUUUUAAAUUAAUACCUGUUUGUUUUGGUACAGCUUAUACAUUAACAUCAAAAUUACCAGAAACAAAUAAUUGUGAAUUAAUAAGAUUUUGUCUUGGAAUUGUUUGUAUAAGUACAUUAUUAAUUAUGGUUAUACCACCAACUAAACCAGAAUUACCUGUAAGACGUUCAUUAAUUGUUGAAUCAUUUAUUCUAUUAUGGAUAUUAAUUAUUAAUAUAACAUAUAUAACUACAAUUGGAUCAUCAAUGAAAAAUGUUAAUCAAUCAUCAUGUAUAUAUUAUAAUACAGAAGAUAUUUAUUUAAGUGCACCUUUAAAAACUUAUGGAUAUAUUGGUAUAAUAUUAUUUUCUAUUACAACAUUAUUACAUUUAAUUCAUUUAUUAAUAAGUCAAUUAUGUAAUCGUUUAACAAAUGGACGUCAAUUAUAUGUUUAUUAUUAUGGUUUACAAUAUUUAUUUACUUAUUUAGGUGCACUUAUUCUUGUUUAUUAUUUUUCAAUUGGAGCUUUAUUUUUAUUUCAACCAAGAUCAGGUGGACUAUGUCGACAACAAGCACCUCAUCUAUAUAAAACUUUAUUAAUAUGGCAAUGGAUACGAAUAUUAUUUCCAUUAUUGAUUGUACCAUUAAUAUUAAUAUUAUGUUGUUUGGGAGUUUUCUUUGGAUUUAUUUUAAGUUAUUGUUUACCAGCAUCAAUAACUGUUCCAAUACUUGAAUUACUUCGAAGUUGGUUAGCAGCAUCACCUGUACCAAUUAAUCCAAAUCCUCCAGCAACACAAGAAAAUAUUGAUGCAUUACCUGUUAUUUUAUUUGGUCAAGAACCUGAUCAAUUUAAUCAAACCGAAUGUGCGAUUUGUCGAACAAACUUUGAAGCAAAUGAACCCGUUAAAAAACUUGAUUGUGCACAUUUAUUUCAUUCUGAAUGUGUUACUAAUUGGUUACUUAUAACACGUUUAUGUCCCGUAUGUCGUCGACGUAUGUCAACGACAAAUUAG